AUGCAUACGCACGCACACACACACGUGUGCACACAUGUGUGCACACAUGUGACAUGUGUAUGGACACACCCAUGCACCCAUGCACAUGUGCACAUGCUUGAACACAUGCAAAUAUCCACACACAUACACACAUCACACUCACAUAUCUGCACUCACAUACAUGCACACAUGUGUACACACAUACAUCAGCAAAAGCCCUUCUUUGCCAGCGGGAGCCACGCUGUGGUCGUCGCCGUGUCGUUGGCUCCGCCUCACAUGCAGCACAAUGGAACGUCAGCCGGUCUUGCAUUGUCUGCACAGCUGACGGUGGCGCUCGGGCGCAGGCUGGGGCUCAUCUCCCUGCACUGA